UUUAUUACAUGAGCCCAGCUCCUUAACCCAUCUGAAAUUGAAUCCCUAAUCUAAACCCAAUACCCACAUUCUCCAUUAAUCAGAGAUUCAGUCACCGUCAUUCCUUCUUCUCAGCACAGCAGCUGCCCUCCCUUGGCCAUCCCAAAUUCUCCAUAGCCGCUGCAGCCCCCUCCUCGGCACGCGCUGGUCCAGUUUCUUCGCCGCUGCUUCUCUCUCGAUGCUGCUCGUUGGUCACACCGCUCUCCCGCUUCUUCUACUCCAUUAUCGCUGGUCCGGUCUCUCUCGACGCUGCUUUUCCGUCGCAUCUGGCCCGUUGUUCCUCCUUUGCCGCUGGUCACUGCAGACUGGGAAGGAAGUAGAAACUGAUGGAUGGAAAUGAAGCAUAAUUUUUGGGUUCAGAGUUGAUUCAGUUUUUCUUAGGCUUUUCAGAAAGCUCGUCCUAUUUCUAUUAAAGAAGAUAGUGGCAGUUGUCUUCAUCAAAAUUUCCCAAUCCUCCCUGAACUCCUCUAUCAAAUUUGUGGACCUGCCUCCACACUGACGGCUGCAGUUCUUUGAAGUGUAGCCAUCAGUGAGUCUCCAAUAAGAAAAGUUCCAAACCUUUCAAGAAUCUCCAGUCAUCAAAUCAAAUGGGUCUGUCUCCAUUCAAGCAGGACAUUGAUGAGCUCAUAAAUGAAUUCGUUGAGGGCGAAUCAACAACUUUGGCUGAUAUGAAGAAAGUUUGGCUCUCUCGGAAGUUCACUUAUAUCUUUGAUGCUAUUCCUUCUACCAAUACGGCUUUUUACAUGCAAUCACUGUAUGCUCAUACUAUAAGUUACAUGGUCGGUACUGGUUCUUUGUCUAAAAGACUUGGUGCGCUAUAUUGCCUUUAUUGCCUAUAUGAGACUCAACCAUUCAAACCUCCUUUUAAAAUCUAUCUCUCUCUUGGAGAACUGAAGAAAAUUAAGGCCCUAGUUGUUGAUGCAAAAGAGAAGAGUAUAAAAGUUGUACCCACCUUGGUUAACAGAAUGCUGGAGAAGAACGUCUUUCUCUUUGGAUCUGUAGACUUAAAUGCAGGCUCUUUUUCUCAGACGGUGAAUCAACUCACAGAGUUGCAGAAUGCCCGUGUGCAACUUGCAUAUAAGAAGUUAUUUGCUAAUACUCGCAUUGAACAGUUCCUUGACAUGGACAUGGGUGCGGAAUUAGAUUAUAACACACUGAAGAAAAUGUCAACAGAAUAUGCAGAGGCCAAGAAGCAAGCCAUCCAAGAGGCCAGCAAAGUGGUAGACAUCCAAAAUAUUCAGCACAUAUCAAAUGAUAAAGAAUUGAUUGGAGAUGCAGUGGAGAAUAUCACGGGUAAUUGGAAUGUCCAAAAGGAAGCAUUCUAUCAGCAAACAGGAUUGAACCAGCAUACCACUCUAGUGGAAAGGCAACAGCUUGAAAAUCAAGGAAAGCAAGAGGAUGAUGAAUUUGGUCAUCACCUGGAACUGCAACUAGUUGAAGAUGAGUCACACCAACAGAAGCAAGAGGAUGAUGAAUUUAGUAGUCAAUUGGAACUGCAACUGGUUGAAGACGGGCCACAACAGAAGCAGGAGGAUGAUGAAUUUGAUCAACUGGAGAUGGAACUGUUUGGGGAUGAGUAACAAAUGCACAAAGAGUAGGAUGAUGAGGAAUUUACUAAUGAAAUCAUGGGCAACCAGGAAUGUUUGUUUAGUUCAUGUACCUAUAUAGGCUCAUGAUUGUUGCUGGCUUAUGGAAGCGCCGCAGUUUACUUGUCAAGAUCCUAUGUUCGGAAAAUGGCAAUUUAUGGAGGAAAUUUGGUAGUCAUUUGAGGUGUUCAAGUCAACCUUGAAAUUCAUGUUGGUAAACAACUAACAUUCAAGCAAACGGCCCAGCUCAUGUGCGAAAACUUGCAGUCAUUCGACAGAACCAGUGACCAGCAAGUCAUUUAAAGAGGAAAUGCAAAUUGCAGGUUUAUACUAAUGGCUUAGUCAUGGGAGCAGACCUUUCAAGUUCUGAACAAUUACAUUCGCUAUAAAUAUUAAAUAUACUUCCACUGGAGGAAUGAACAAAUAAUUUAAUAUGAUUUUAGAAAAUGUAAAGCUUAGACUACUCGCAUCGUGAAACCAAAGCUAUCAUUGCUUCCAAUGCAUAUUGCUGUCCAUUUCAGAAACUAA